CGUCACGCAGCCUCAAAACGCGGCUCUCCUCCCUUCCCGCAAACAGCUGAGGAGCGUAAACCGUGGAGGUCGUCUCACCUGGAUGCAGGUCUGAGGUCUGAGGUUCGGGUGGGCGUCAUCAGAGCUCUGCUUCAUCAGCAGUUUGUCCUUUUUUUGGUGGACUUCUGCCUGCGGUCAUUAGGCAUGGUGAGCCGGCUCCUUCCCAUCCUCCAGGUUCUGCUGGUGCUGGAGCGGAGCGGGGCUCACCUCCACGGAGGUGACGCGCCUCCGGACGCGGAGCGGCGCGUCUUUACGCACGAGAGCCCGGACCCGGUGCACGCCAGCAUGUUCCGACUGUACGAGAGGUACAGCAAGGAGCCGCAGAGCCGCAGGAGCGGGAACACCGUGAGGAGCUUCAGAGCCGUCCCGGGAGUCUUGAACGGCAAAGACGUCUUCCAGUUCAACCUGUCCACCGUCCCAAACUCCGAGGUCAUCCUCCUCGCCUCUUUACAUUUCCUUCACCAGCGUCCCCGUCAGAGGCCUUGGCGUUUCCGGCGUCCCCGCCACUCCCUCGGUAGCCCCCAUCCCGCGCCCGUGAGACUCCUCUUUUACGGAUCCUCCCAGGGCUCAGCGUUUGGAAAACCCUUGGGGAAUGCGACGGUUGCAUCUUUCACCAAAGGCUCCUGGCAGACGGCGGACGUCACUGCGGCGGCGAGACACGCUCAGGACAUCAAAGAGCCACUGAUGGCCGUGGAGGUCGACGUGGGGUCCGUGGCGGUGCAGGGGCAGCAGAGGAGCGCCCAGGAGCGGCCUCCAUUGACCGAGCCGCCGUACAUCUUGGUGUACGCCGACGACACGGCCAUAGACGAACCGAACAGCGUGGCCACGACGCUGCAGAGGUACGGCCCCUCCCCAGCGGGGGAGGGAAUGGCAAACUCAGCGUCAAGGAUCCGGAGGGAGCUGCAUCUCCAAGCUCACGCCAACCACAUCCCAGAGGUGCAUUUCAGCAACCUGAAGAGCCAGGAGCUCUGGCAGAACACCUAUUUCCCAGAUAAAACCAAAACCGGCCGGAAGCAGCUGAGCGGCGAGGGCGAGGCCAAGCCCCAGGUGCUGAGCUUUGACGAAAGGACCAUGAAGAAGGCGAGAAGGAGGCAGUGGAGCGAGCCCAGAGUUUGCUCCAGGCGCUACCUGAGGGUCGACUUCGCUGACAUUGGAUGGAGCGAGUGGGUGUUGGCGCCGAAGUCCUUCGACGCCUACUACUGCGCCGGGACCUGCGGCUUCCCCAUACCCAAGGUCGCUCGGCCCUCCAACCACGCCACCAUCCAGAGCAUCGUCAGGGCCGUGGGAAUCGUCCCCGGCAUCCCAGAACCGUGCUGCGUUCCGGAUAAGACCAGCCCCCUCAGCGUUCUGUUCCUGGACCCCGACAGGAACAUGGUGCUGAAGGUCUACCCCGGCAUGGCGGUAGAGACGUGCGCCUGCGGGUAGGAGAGCAGGAAACGGCGAGGAAGAUGACUGGGAAGGCACAUGUGAGAGGGGAGAAAACUCCUGAGGUCUCGGACUCUUCUGCAGUUUCUCCAUAAAUGGUUUAAACGGUCUUCAUUACGUGGUUUGUUGUACAUGACAUUCCACUUCCUUCCAGAGGAGGAAGUAAACCAGGAAGUUACUCCUAUCUGGAUAGUUCCUGAAUGCAAAUUGAGUUUCUUUAGAACGUUUUCCAGGAAUAUUUAAAGCUAUUUUCCCUUUUGUGAUUAGAAACUGGUUUCUCCAGACCAGGAUUCAGGCUCAAGCAGACCCGGUUUAGGGUUUGGUUCUGAAAAAAGAGCCACUUUCUGCUUAAAAUACAUAUAGACUUUUGAGCUUCUCAGACUCUGAGCCGUUUGGGUCUGCGUGGGAAUUCAUAUCCUAAAAAUUAACAUCUGUAAUGCGUUGAAAUGUUUUUUUUUUUUGUAAAUAAUGUUUUUCAUGUUGAAAGGCUUUGUGAGGGGAGGCAAAAACCUGUGCGCUGCUGCCACCUGCUGGACAUUUAAUGUGAAAGCAGUUUUUAUAUUAUUUGUACAGUUGAUAAUGUACAGAUUUAGGAUUACAUUUUUUACAAUAACUCAAUACAGAUGAUGUCAUGUCUUCAUACAAACUAGCAUGAUGCUAAAAUGCAAAUAAAAGUAACGUGAUGUGUCUUUUUAACAACUUUA